UUUUUUCAGUCAUAUUUUUAAACACCUAAGAUCUUUCCGUUUUCACUAUUGCGAUAAAUAUGUGCGCAAUGGUAUGUUAUCGAUAAGAGCUUCUGAUUUGUCAAGAUAAUUAUGUUUAUAAUACGGUAAUUAAUAUGUCGCAAAAGAAGUUUCACUUUCAACCGCUAUUGAAUCAAUGAGAGUCUACGGAAGUGUGGGAAUAAUGCGUGUGACCCUGGUGGGGGAGGUGAAGCCUUAAUUAGGGGUCCCCAGACUCCCUAUAUAAUCAGAAACAUAUUAAAGUGAUGGCUGUUGGAGUCUGUUGCACAGAAAUUCAACAGCGUCGCGUGGAGCUGGUGGAGAACUACAGCGAACACCUUACUCGCCUGCUGGACGUACUGUUUAACGUGGGGGCGGUGACCGAGGAGGACCUCAGUCUCAUCAGAGGUUCGGCUGUUAGAGGUGAGCGAGAAUGUAUGAGAUUACUGUUGGAUGUGCUGAACGGGAGAGGAGAAGAAUCAUGCAGGGCGUUCCUCUACAUACUGCAGAGUGUUCAAGGUGAGACAACAAACCCAGGACAGGCCAACAAGCAAGAGCAUCUCAAAAAGCACAAGGACAUCUUGGCCAGACAGCACAGUCUGGUGGACUAUCUCAGCAUCAGAGGGCACAAUUUAGGGCAGGAUGAAACCUGGUACUUGACUGAUAUCACCUUCUCAAGACAAGCUGGUUAUGCAUCGCCUUCUCAAUGCCGACAUGAGUCAGCAGGAGUUGGGGAUGCUUUCAGGACACGCACGGAUGAGAUCUGCGUUUUCAGGGAUGUGUAUGAGAAUCUGCUGUCCAAACUAUCAAGUGGUGUGAAUAUGCUGUCAGGAGUUGCUGGAAGUGGGAAAACCACGGUUGUGAGACGGCUGGUGCGAGAGUGGGCUGCAGAAAACACCUCGUCCAAGAUUGUCCUAUCUCUGGCCUUUCGUGAGCUAAACCUCAUAACUCAAGAGCAGAGCUUGCAGGACCUGCUCUCGGAUCACUACAUCCACCUAAAACCUGUCCUGCACGAGUUACUGAGCUCCAACCCACCCAAGUUUUUGCUCAUCUUAGAUGGUCUGGAUGAGUUCUGCUACCCUCUUAAUUUCGAACACACUCCCAAGUGCUCAAAUCCUGAGCGGGUGCAGCCUAUACAAUCCAUUGUGGUGAACUUAAUCAAAGGAAUUCUGCUUCCAGGCGUGUCCAUUUUCCUCACCUCACGGCCUCAUGCGGUCUCCAAAGUUCCUCCAGUGCUGGUCAGUCAUUUUUACAGUCUGCUAGGUUUCUCUUUAGCCCAGCAGAAGAAGUACUUUGAGCAGAACUGCAGUUCUCCGGAGGCUGCCGCUGCAGUGUGGGCCUCUGUUUCGUCCCAUAAGCCCCUUCUCCUCAUGUGCCACAUUCCUGCAUUCUGUUGGAUUGUGUCCACUGCCUUGCUUGACGGUGGCUCCUGCCUUUGUCCUGAUUCUGUAAGUGCCAAGUCAGGAGAAAAAGUAGUCCUUGAGAAAGCCAACCAACCGAACUCUUCAUUGGGACCUUCUGAGGUCCUUCUGAGCUCCAAACCAGUCACGAUCACUGAGAUCUAUUGCUGCUUUGUAAAAUCCAUCGUGCUAUUCCAUGUGCAAGGGCAUUGCGAGGGCUCUCAUCACACCAGGCUUCAGCACGCCCCUCAUGUCCUUGGCGAAAUGCAGCCUAUUCUCAAAAGCCUGGGAGCUAUGGCCUUCAAAGGCCUCCUGGAGAGACGGUUCAUCUUCGAAAGCUCUGAUUUGAGCUCUUUUAAUCUGGAUAGCACCAAAAUCUCACAGGUGUUCCUCUUUGAGAUACUUAAAGAGGAUCGAGCAUCCCUCACCUUUGAAAAGGGCUUCCAUUUUAUCCACACUAGCGUGCAGGAGUUCCUGGCUGCCCUGUACUAUGUUCUUCAGUCACUUUCAGGAUCAGAUCCAUUUUUAGGGCUCAAACCAAGCACAGGCCAGUAUCUUCAGUCUGCGUUUAAGCAGAUAGCAUCUGCCUUUAACAAAUUCGGCAGACCUCAGCGCCUCUUCCGCAGACGCAUUAAGAAGGCCCUUCGCUGUGGUGUACAUCAUCAAUCUGGACACAUGGAUCUUUUCUGCAGGUUUGUAUGCGGCCUGCUGGUUCCUAGAGCACGUCUCAUCCUAAAUGGAUUUUUCCCUGAUGGGCCCAAGAUGCAUCUGCUCCGUUGCCAGCCCUCUCCUGACCCGACUCCUCCUUUCCUCCUCCAUCUGUUACACUCCCAACUCCAGAGCUCCGCCCUCAGCCCAGAGAGGCAGGUCAAUGUUUGUCACUGUCUAUAUGAGGCCCAGGACCCUGGUUUGUCCCAGCGGCUACAGGGUUGGAUGAAAGUUCUUUCACAGCAGGCCCCAGGUCAGUCCGGUUCGGUAAACAGGGACUGGAGCGAGCUGGCUUUCCUGUUACAGCUCAGCUCAGAUCUGCAGGUUUUAAAUUUGGACGCUCAAGGACUCGAUGCUGACGGAUUACGCCGACUCCUACCUGUCCUUCCUCUCUUCUCAACUCUCAGCCUUGGCCAGAAUCCUCUUGGUUCAGAGGGAGCGUCUGUGUUAUCCCUCGUUCUGAGAAACCCAGAUUGCCGCAUUCAAAGCCUUUGGGUGGUUGCGACAGGGCUUGGCUGUGAAGGCCUGAAAAUCCUUGUGGAAGCACUGAAAGAAAAUCGUACUGUGACUGAUCUCAGAAUGGCCAUCAAUAAAAUUGGAGAUGAUGGAGCUGGUUAUCUUGCAGAAUUGUUGAGGACGAAUUGCACACUGACAGAUAUCAGACUUCGUGACAACCUAGUGACAGACAAAGGAGGAGAAGUCCUCAUGGCUGCUCUCAAAGAGAACACAACAUUAGAGUACCUGUGGAUGUUUGACAACAAGUUUACCAAAGACGGCGUCAAGAAGCUGAAAGAAUUCGCAAAUACCAGACCAAACCUUGACAUUAAAGUUUGCGUCUGACCCACAACCGACAAACCAGUGGAAUAUCUCUAAAUGGCAUUUGCUUUAUUAAACUGGCUCAUUUACAUUUAUUUUAAUAUUAGUAAAACUUACAUAUUACUUUUAACACACAUUAGACUGUUAACCACUCAGGCUACUACUGCCCUCUACUGGACUUUUAAAGAGCUGUGGGUACUUAUUGGUAUGGUACGUUUGUAAUACGUAUUUAAUUUGCAUUUGGCUGUAAUAUAACCAGAACUGUCAAUGAUUCAUAGAAAGUUAUUUCUAAAGACACUGAAUUGCAUUUAUUUAUUUUGUGAAAUACCUUUUUAAUAGCAAAACCAUUCAUUUUGGCUAAAAUCCACACAAGAAGAUUUUACUGAAGCUUUUAAGUGCUUUGAGGACUCUAAAAUGGCUUUUUUAGCACAUCUCAGUUCUUCUUGUAUACUUUAUAAAUUCUUUUCUUCUUUCUCUUUUCUGCUAUAGUGUCUCAGAGCAGUUUGACAAUAAUACUUUAUUGCCCUUUUUCUUUCUGGGUGCUUUUACAUGCAGAGCUCAUACAGGGUUCUUCUUGGAUGCUUCAUAAACAGAAGUAAAAUGUAUGUGUAAAAUACACAAAGGUAUAGUAUUCUUUGGUUAGUCGAUUCAAAGAUACUAUCAAAUCAGUGAUCGACAUGUGAAACUAUUGACUUCCUUUAUUUAUUACUGUUACUUUACAUCAAGCCAGUUACAAUAUAUCUGUCAGAUAAUAGUGUUUGCAACAUUGUACGCCUGUCUUCUCUCUGAAAGUUGCAUAAUGUUCAUGCAUUGUUAUAUGAUUAAUUGUCGUAACAUCACGAAAUAUGAAUUGUUAUAACAAGUAUUAUUGCUUAGCAAUUCUUACAAUGCAAAUUACAAGUGUUGUUAUGCAAUCAAUUAAAACAAGAUGUACAAAUAGAUGUUCAAUAAACACAUUAUAUGGGUU